CCAUGCCGAAAUCAAAGAGGGAUAAGAAAGUGUCAUUAACAAAAACAACCAAGAAAGGUUUGGAAACCAAACAGAAUUUAAUUGAGGAGUUGCAGAAAUGUGUGGACAUAUACAGAUACGUGUUCGUGUUCUCUGUCGAAAACAUGAGAAACAACAAACUCAAAGACAUAAGGACAGCCUGGAAACAUAGUAGGUUUUUCUUUGGCAAGAAUAAAGUUAUGAUGAUUGCCUUAGGAAAAGGACCAACAGAUGAAUACAAGGACAACUUGCACAAGAUCAGCAAAUUUCUGAGAGGAGAAGUGGGGGUCUUGUUCACUAACAAAACCAAGGAAGAAGUACAAGAAUAUUUCAGCAGUUUUAAAGAGAUGGAUUAUGCACGGGCAGGGAACAAAGCACAGAUGGCAGUGACACUGGAUGAGGGGCCUUUGGAUCAAUUCCCACACUCCAUGGAGCCUCAGCUGAGGCAAUUAGGAUUGCCCACUGCACUAAAGAAAGGAGUGGUGACACUAUUAAAAGACUUUGAUGUUUGCAAAGAAGGAGACACGCUCACACCUGAACAGGCUCGUAUUCUGAAACUCUUCGGGAUUGAGAUGGCAGAAUUCAAAGUGUCCAUAAAGUGCAUGUGGAAUUCAGAGACUGGGGACUUUGAAAAGUUGGCAGAGGAAGAAGAGGAAGGGAUAACACAAGAGAAGGAAGAGGAGGAUGAUGAAGCAGGAAGUGAAUGAAACUUUUACAACGGACUUUCCCACAUGAACACUUUUUAAACUUUAUGUUGUGCCAACAUAGUCAUACAUUUUUUCAUCUUUUUGAAGAAAGAAUUUUUGUUGUUUUUCAGAAGACCUGUUGUGAUCCCCACACUAGAUAUUUCUGCACAGUUUUUGUUGUUGAUUUCUUCCUGAAUACUUCUAUAAAAUAU